CGAUGGGACUUCCAGACUCUGACUGAAGCCAAGGAGUCAUCUCCAAAGCAGGGUUUUUGGGAACAAGAAUCAUCUCAGCAGGUCAUGAUGGAAAGACUUGUUAGAGCUGACUUCUGGUACUCCACCUUAGCAGGAGCCGGGGAAUAUAAGGACCAGUUAGGGAGGCAGCUGGGAAUCCAGGAGAAAUCUUUGAAACCUUCAGCCAUCACACAACAGAACAUUCCCACUGAGCUGAGGGGUCCUCAGUGUAAUGAAUUUGGAAUAAACGUUAGUCUAAGCUCAAUCCUUAUCAGGCAGCAGAGAUUGUUUAUAGGAGAGGGAAGCGGUGAAUGUGGAAAGAGGUUCAAACAUAAUUCUGACCUAAUUAAACAUCAAGAAAUAUGUUUAGGAAAGAAAAUCUGUGAAUGCAGUGAGUGUCAGAAAGCCUUCAGCCAGAAUGCCCAUCUUAUUCAACAUCAGAGAAUUCAUAGUGGAGAGAAACCCUUUACUUGUGGCGAAUGUGGGAAAGCCUUUACCUGGAGGACACGUUUUGUUCGACAUCAGAGAAUUCAUACUGGAGAGAAGCCUUAUGAAUGUAGUGCAUGUGGCAAAGCCUUCAGCCAGAAUGCCCAUCUUAUUGACCAUCAGAAAAUUCAUACUGGAGAGAAACUCUACCAGUGUGAUGAAUGUGGAAAAGCCUUCAGGUGGGGAACACUCCUUACUCAGCAUCAGAGAAUUCAUACUGGAAAAAAGCCCCAUGAAUGUAGUCAAUGUAGGAAAUCCUUCAGGUGGAGUACGGCACUUACUAAACAACAGAGAAUCCAUACUGGAGAGAAUCCCUACGAACGUAGGGAGUGUGGAAAAGACUUCAGGUGGAGUACAGCCUUUGCUCAACACCAGAAAUUUCAUACCGGAGAAGAACCCUCUGGUGUCUUGAGUGUGGAAAAGCCUUCAGCUGAAUUAUUCAUCUCAUCCAGCAUCAGAGAAUCCACACUGGAGAGAAACCCUAUAAAUGCAGUGCGUGUGGGAAAGCCUUCAGGUGCAGCUCAGCACUGAGCAGACAUCAGAGGUUUCAUGGUGGAGAAUAACCCUGGGAAUGUAGUAAAUAAGGAUACGUUUUCCUUCAGUCAUUCCUUCAAGAUAUGAUAGUAGUUCUGCUUCAGAGAAGCAGGGUGACUUACUGGGGAAAGCAUUGGACAGAGAGUCAGGCAAUACCUGGGUUCCAAUCCUGGCUUUGCCUGGUAUUGACUUGUUUAACCAAGAGCAAGUCGCAUAGUAUCUCUGAACCUCAUUUUCCUCUUUUGUAAAAUGGGAAUAUCACUUGUCUUGCACUCUCUACCUCACAGUGUUAUUGCGAUGAAGGUGCCCCAUACUUGUGAAUUCUUUGUUACUAGAUUUGGGGAGGCUGAGAGCAAAUUGCUUUCCCCCCUUAAUUUCCUUCUUACCUCCUCCACCAGGGAAUUGCCAAGCAUUGGUCUGAGUUCUGCAGUUAAAAGCCACUAAAUGGCAAAUUGCUGUCCCCAACCUAAAUAAUCACCAAGCUAAAUAGCUAAAUCUUCCGUUUUGAUAAAGCAGGGUGAACUAGAAGACAACAGCUUUUAAAACAAAGCUGCCGACUAAGCACAGGCUGGCCUAACUUUUGUACCAGGUCACCUUACUAGAAAAGCUCAUGUAAAUAAAUCGACGUGCAUGAAAUCAAAUCUGAUUUUGCUGUCGUCCAGUGAUAGGAGUAGUUUCAAUAAAUCAGCAUGGUUCCUGACAAAUUGUCUUUAUGACAAUGAACCAUUAAAGCCAUACUUGUAGGAUUUUAAACUUCCUAAAAUGUAAUCGAGUUGAUUAAGUAGGCUGAAAAAGGAGCAAGCCACUAUAAACUGUCUAAUACGGUGUCCCAGUGUACUGUGCACGGAUCUGUCGCUUCUUCAUAAUUACUGCCUGAUUUUAUACUGCAGCAAAUCAAAGAAGAUCACGGAAGCUGAGAGUUGAAAAGGGCCUCCGAGGUCAGUCAUCGGGUCCCCUGUACAGCAGUUCUGCUCCCUUCAGUCUCCCUGAAUGUGACGCCGUUAAAGUCUUCCAGUGACAGGGAAUCUACUACUGACCCCAGUUUUAGACUACCCUAAUUGUUAGGAAGUUUUUCCUUACGUUAAACCUAAGUUUUCCUUGGUACAGCUUCCACCUGUUAUGCUUACUUUUGGACUUUGGAUCCAAGCAGCUUCAAACUGCCUUAAGACUUUUGGGAUGCCCUGUAGUUGAAGGCAUCAUAAUAGCCUCAGUCUCUCUUUGUAAGGCUAAACAUUCCUAAUUCCUUUGUUUGAUCCCUGGCUAGCAUGGCCUGAAGCCCACUAAUGUUACUGGUCUCCCUCUUCUGGACAUGUUCCAUUUUAUUAAUGCCCUUCCUAAAAUCUAAUACCUACCUCUUCAGAACCAGACACAGCCUUUCAAAUGUGAACUGAAAAGGGCUUUAAGCAGUAUUUUCUUCUGUAUCCUAGACCCUGUGUGCUGAUUAAUGCAGCUUAGCAUUGAGUUAGCUUUUUCCAUGGCCAUGUCACCUUUUUUUUUUUUAUAAACACACCUUCCAUUCAUUUGAUUUUGAGGGGAGAUCCUAAGUAUGGAACUUAGAUAUCUAUCUCUGUUGAAUUGCAUAAUGUUAAAUUUGAUCCAUUAUUCUGGCCUGUCAAGAUCAUUUUGGAUUUGGAUUUUGUAAUGUAGUGUAUUAGCUAUUGUAAUGCCACCUGUAUUUUAAUCCAAAUCAUUGAUUUAAAAUUUGGAAUAGCACAGGGCUAAGGACAGAUCCCUGGGGCACACCACUAGAAACCUUGCUGUUUUAAUGACUACUCAGAGUCUGGUGCUUCAACACAUUGCAGAGCUAUGCAGUGUUUACCCCAUGCUCUUCCAUUUUGGAUAGCAGUAGAUAACAUUUCUUUUAUAUUAUUAACAAACAUUUCCCUAUACAAAGAAUGCAAACAGGAUUGUAUGUGAAAUCAUGCAUCUUUCAUGAAUAGCUUUUUAAAAAAUAUAAAAUUUAAUGUGAUGCUUCCAAUACUGCCCUGCUCCUCUGUGUCCUGAGCUUCUGUCUGCUCUCUCCUGUGUAUCUUAAAUGUUCUGUGAUGUUUUUUUGCACCAGUAUCAAUAAAUCCUCCUUCUUCCCUCAUCCCCAGUAACAAAUAAAUCUGUUCCAGCAAAACAAGUCAUUCACACGUUGGCCACGUCUGGAAUGUGGGCAGGCUGACAAAUGCUUUGCUUAGGAUGAAUGCUAACUUUGUCUAGUAGUGAGGUAACCCUGACAGAAGAGAAAUGCGGUUUGUCUGGUAUGAAUUGUUCUUCAUGAAUCAGCGCUGGCCCUUGCUGAUCCCUUCCCCUUCUAAGUGCUCACAAGCCAUCCCUUUAGUAUCAGACUCAAGCUCAAGGGUCUGUGGCUUGAAGACUUUGCCCUCCUUUCUUUUAGGGAAUGAGAUAAUAUUUGUUUCUCCAGCAUUGCCUUUCUCCACAGCUUCCUGAAGAUUGCUGACAGUGACCCAGGAAUUCUGUGCACCAGCUCUUUUCAGUGUCUUGGGCUGGAACAUUUCCCCCUCUGUGGAACUCUUCACUUAUUUUCAGUUUUGAGCCCUGAUUAGCUAUUUUUGUUCUGGUCUCCCUGGCACACACGUCUUUUUCUUUGGAAGAGAAAACAGGCAGAGGGAGGGUUGAGUGCUUCUCCUUCCCACUUGUUCAUUACCAUCGGCAGCUGUCUAUGAGCUCUGUCCUCAUCCUUUCUUAGAUCCCCUUGCCUGCAAAGUAGCUUUUAAUUUUUUAAGCAUUUACUGGAAGUGUCAGUUUAUUCUAAGUUUUAGAACUCACUUCUGGCAGUUUUACUGACCAUACUAAUCUUCUCUUCACUUUCUUGUCCUUCUUCAUGUAUAUUUUCAAAUUCUAAAUUGCAUUUCUUGGGCAUCCAGAUUGAUUCGCUGCCCACUUUCCUCCUGUACCUUUAUUGUAAUCAUGUGCUUGCAUUUCCGGCACUUAAUUUUUGAAGCUUCCUAUUCCUCGUGGGCCAAGUUCUCAAGAAGAUAGUGAGGUUGUGAAAUAGUAACCCUCCCUUCCAGAACUCUUUCAGAUCUGCUGUCUCCGAAUCUAGGGUGCAGAUUUAGGCUCCAUCCCCCUUUCUUCUGUUCUGGUCAGGGUUGCCAUCACUUCUGCUUCAGCAGUUAGUUCUUCCUUAUUGGUCAGAAGCCGGUGCAUGAAGAGAGUCUCUUGGUCCCUUCUUCCAUCUUUUGUAGAACAGAAUGAUCAUCAAGCAAGUCAAGAACUUCUUAGUUGUUCUGGGUUUGCCAGAGGGAGAGCUCCAGGAGACAUCUGGACAGUUUAACUCCCAUAUCACCACAUCACGCGUCCAUACCACACUUCUUGGUCUGUUUCCCAAAUCCUUAAUCCUUUCUAUUGGUUUUGCCAGUUGACCUACAGUAUACCCCAUGACCUUUUCUUCUUUCUGUUCUCUCUUCACCCCUUCCUAUGGUCGUGGCCCCAGGGAUACCGAUUAGAAAUACAGGACAGUUAGGGGAGUCUCCAUUGCCACUAGGUAUGUAGGUUGAGGCCCAUCUCAGCUUUGUCGAUAAGUAGCACAAAUACCAAAUACUCAUAGGUAUGGCGGGCGAAGUCUGUUUCUGAGUGUAUCGAUUGACUAAGCAAUGUAUGCUAACUGCAUAACAAAUUGAGACCAGGCCUCCUGAGCUUGGCACUGGACCCCAAAUACAGGGGGAGACAGAUUUUUAUGCAUUAAAAUAAAAUAAUUAAUAGGAUAUAAACCAGGAUGCAAGAUCAGGUAAUCUGGUUUCUAAUUGGAAGAAAGAUUAGGGGGUUUCUGAGCUGGGAGGGGGAAGGUAAACAGGUGCAAUUCCCUGAAAUGAGAAAAAGAAGUGUCCCACUUCCCCUCUGCCCCCCAGGUGUCUGUAUUCCCUCAGAGGAACAUACAAACUAACUGGCUGAUCGGGAUGGGGCAAGUAUGGGCCGUUUGGGAUGUAUAAUUGUGAGAAAACUCCUCAUCAGUCUUUGGAUCUGACUGGCUUUCUGGCCAGCGUAAUCUAGGUGCUUAGUUCAGGGGCUCUAAGCGGCAGGUGGAGGUGGUCCAGCUUCCCAGCCACACAGGCCUAGCUUCAAGCAAUGCAGUAGCUUUCUCACGAUUCCCAUAAUUGAACAAAGUUUUCUUUCAAGACCAAAAUUGGACUCGAUCCCUCAUUGAAUAGAAAGAGAGCUGAGCUGGCUCCAGAACCGAGUCACAAGAUGGGGGCAGUGUGGUUCAUUCAGUUCCCACAUAGGAGUCUCUUCUACCUCCUUUCCCCUUCACCCAUGACCUCGCACCUUUAGUUUUUGCUGUCAUAUGUAUAUGUAGGUAACAGAGAGGCAGAGGCUUGGGAUUAGGAAGACCCGGGUUCCAGGCGUGUUCGGGACGUGCCAGUCCCUGGCAGCUCUCUAAGACCCUGAGUUGUCCAGCUGCCGCUGCUAGGCUGUGCUGCAGGGAACCUGUGACCAUGCAAUCCUAGAUCCAGGCCUCGCUCCCUACCGUGGAGGUAGAACUGUUACAACUGCUCAAAGUCCUUCUUGCACUUACUCGUCCAUCCUCCCUUCUGUCCUGGCGGUUUGUCUCCUUUGUUGCAUUUACCCAGUCAAAUCUACUUCAUUCAUGCCAGAGAGGCAAGGCGGUGUGGGGUGGGGGAGAGGGGCCCUCCGUGGGCCAGGAAGGCUUGGUUUCAAGGCCUGGACUGGGCCACACCAGGGGAGUCAGUGACUGAUUUGGUGACCCAGGUAGCUCUCCAAGCCUAAUUGCUGAGGUGGAGUGGGCUUCCACAGGGCCCGGAUCUCCUCCCUUUUGUAGCUUCUUUUUGUCUUUUUUUGCUUUUAGGCAA